AUGAAGCCUACUCUCUUUAUCGUCCACGGCGGCUGGCAUGUUCCCGAGAACUACGAGAGGCUCAUCUCAGCACUAAGGGCUGACGGCUACGAAGUCCAUUGUCCACGACUUCCAACCACCAACCAGAGCCGACCGCCCAAUGCUGAUCUUUACACUGACUCGGAUUUCAUGCGCUCCUACGUCUCAAGUCUUGUGCAGGCUGGGCGCGAGGUGGUUGCCAUCUUACAUUCAUACGGCGGGCAAGUAGGCAGUGAUGCGCUUAUUGGCCUUGGAACAGCAACCCGAGAGAAGGAAGGUCUCUCAGGGGGAGUCACACACCUAAUCUAUAUGGCUGCAUUCGCAGUGGCUGAGGGCGUCGGUAUGAUGGACAAAGUUCGCGAAUUCGGCCAUAUGAACCUGGUGCCGAUAGCAUUUGAUUUUGCUGAGGACCAGACUUGCCUGAACAAUGAUCCGCGCAACCUGCUGGUCGGCCCUAGUGACCUUGCCCAGGAAGAGGUGGACAAGUACCUGGCGAAGCUUGUCCGCUGGAAUGGCAAGGCAAUGUACUUGCCUAUCCGCCACGCUGCUUGGCGUGAUAUCCCUGUUGCCUACAUCUACUGCACCGCCGAUAUGACAGUGCCGUUGGACUACCAGGAGAGCUUUGUUGCAGACAUGGAGAAGGUUGGUCGGCCUGUGCGCACAUUUGAGCUCGCCACGGGACACUCCCCUAAUCUGACAGCCACGGCUGGCGUGGUCGACUCCAUUAAUCAGGUUGUAAUUAGCUAG